AUGUACAUGUAUUUUUGGACUUUUUUCUGUUUUGUGAUUUUUGAUAGGCUUAUUGUUGUUUUGGGUGAUAAAUUCGGUGAGUUCUUUAUUUUCUUGCCUAGACAAAUUCAUCAAUAUUCAGACAUUUCCCGGUGUCCCAAAUCUUGGACCCUGCUAAAUCGCCCCAAAAAUCACUGGUGCAUCAAAAUCUCAAUUGGCACCAUACCAAUCGCCGCAGCUCACACCUUGUGCUCCCGAGAAAAUUCAAAAUCGGUGCUGUCAGGUGUUCAAGAUUCCCAAGAGUAUAAAAUCAUUGCUGAUCUUGCCAGGAGGAACAUCGGAAAUCAAUCUAGAAUAGCGUUGGGAGCUCGAAGAUCCACUGAUUGUCGAGCUGGACGAGUUCGAUGUUUUGAGUGGACUGAUGAUGUGACAACUGGGAAUGAUGCAUUUGAAAUUGAGAAUUGGACAAAAUCCCCUGAAUCUUCUGAUGUGGAUUUGGAUCAUCUGAUGUUUUCAGUGGAAGAUCGUAGAAUUUCCGAUGUUGAAGGUGGAAGAUCAGUUGAUGGAGCAUUGUGUGGAAUGAGAUCUCUUUUUUAG